AAGACUGUUGCCGCCAUCGCUGUGCUGGCCACUGCCGUGACCGCUCAGUCUGACACCACGCCUGUCACCGGCAAGCUGGGCAACGCUACCGUUCAGAGCAACAACCCUGCUGGAGUUGCUUACAUCGCUACUCUUAGCGCAACCAGCAAGAGCAACAUCUCAGGCAAUGUUCUCGCGCUGACCAGCUCUGACAACACCGGCGUCAACUUCCAGAUCGCCUUGACUGGUCUGCCUUCCGAAGGUGGUCCCUUCUUGUACCACAUCCAUGAUUACCCCGUCCCCAGCGAUGGCAACUGCACUUCAACAGGUGCUCACGUCGAUCCCUUCGUCCGUGGCGAGGCUCCUCCUUGCGAUGCUUCCCUUCCCGAAACCUGCCAGGUCGGUGAUCUGUCCGGCAAGCACGGCAAGCCCACUAACGAGACCUUCUCCGCGACCUACGUGGACAAGUACGUCUCCACUGUCGCUGGCGAUGGCGCUUUCAUGGGCAACCGCAGCAUCGUGAUUCACUUCGCCAACAAAACCCGCAUUGCAUGCGCCAACUUCGUUGAUUAUACUAACGGCACCUCUGGAGCCAACGUCUCGACCUCGACCAACGGAUCUUCAAGUGCUUCUGGCUCGUCCACCCGCUCUGGCUCAUCUGCUUCUGGCUCUGCCACUGGCAGCAGCAGCGGUUCCAAGACCAGUAGUUCGGCCAUCUCAUCUAGCACCGGUGCCGCUUCUCAGAUCUUCGCCAACAGCGCUCUGGUCGGUCUCAUUGGUGGCGGUGUUGCUCUCUUCGCCCUCUAA